AUGGAGAAGAGAACAGUAUUGGCUUGGUUAAAGCGCGUUUUUCAUCGGGAACCGCAUAAUUACAAAGUGAAACAACGUAAGAAAGACGCUCGUCGCCCUUGUCAAUCUCCAAAAUCAACAAGACGGCGUCGUCCUGGCGCGUCGUAUGGCUAUGAAGAUUUUAAUAAUAGCUGCAAUUAUGGAAACUACCACGAUGGCAACACGAAUAGGUCUCCGCUUGUCACUGACUUCACUGUCCUAUUCAAUAUUUCAGUUUCAACUACGAUUAUCUACUACGUCACUACUCGAAGGAAUGGUAAUCGAGGUGAAAACCGCGGAGGCACGAAUGGUGGAACGGAACUAUGGAUUCGAGGUGGCGGUUUUGUACCAAAUGCAUUCACUGGAUUGUCGGUGUCAAGUACGAAUUAUGAAGUAAAACUAGUAAAUUAUUAUACUAUAUACGAUUGUGACGUUGACGCCAAUGAGAUAACUGACACGCGUUUACUUUGUUAUACAGUAGCAAUGCCUGAGGGCACCUAUUUAGCUCGUGUUUAUGUGAAUGAUAAUUUGAUUUCCUUGGACCAGUAUACAAGGCAAGACGACGCAAAAUUUCUAUCAUUGCAAGGUUAUACACCAAUGGUAACGAGUGUUUCAUCGACAACUGGUUUACCACAAAGACUAGUUACGAUAAGGGGCGAUUUUCGAACGAAUUGUUUUUUACGCGAUACAGCCUACUGUAGACAAGAG